GUCCUCAAAGUAAUAUAACGUAGAUAUGUGAAUGACCAGCGGACCCAGAGCUGGAGAGUUCGCGGAAAUUUCAGCCAGAAGGCAGAACAUUACGAAGGUAGCACAGAAUGGACGGCUUUUAUGGCGAUAUUACGAAGGUCGAAACAACUGGCGCGUCACAAAAAACCGCUAAACAGGACAGCCUGAGUGUGCAGGGAGUGGAGGCAUCCCACAAGUUGGCACAGAGUGAUCUGACCAGGAUGAACAAGUAUAAAGAUGUCAUCACAAAAGUGGCAAAGGCUCACAAAAUAGAACCUGCCGUGAUCGCGGGUAUUAUUUCCCGUGAAUCCAGGGCCGGGGCCCCCGGAGUUCUUACAAACGGCUGGGGUGACCAUGGCAACGGUUUUGGACUCAUGCAGGUUGACAAGCGGUACCACAGUCCAAAGGGGGAGUGGAAUAGCGAGCAGCACAUCACUCAAGGCACUGAGAUUUUGAUUGAUUCCAUCAAGAUGAUUCAGAAAAAAUUCCCACCCUGGUCCAAGGAGCAACAAUUAAAAGGUGGAAUAUCAGCCUACAAUGCUGGAGUUGGGAAUGUCCGCACUUAUGAGCGAAUGGACAUCGGCACCACCGGGGAUGACUACGGCAGUGACGUUGUGGCCAGAGCCCAGUGGUUCAACAAGAAUGGUUUUUAAAGGAGGGGAAAAUAAAUAAAAUAAUGAAAACGAAUGAGGUGAAAUUUUGUAAAUCAAUAGACACUUAAUAAAUAAAUUAUAGAUUCCAUACUUGUUUAUUUUUUAAUCUCAUUAAAA